CUUCUUUCAUUUUUUUUGCAGACAGAAAAGAAAGAAGAAAAGAGAACAAUGAAGGUUGUUGCGGCGUUCCUCCUUGCGAAACUUGGCGGCAAUGAGAAUCCAUCAGUCGCUGAUGUGAAGAAGAUCUUGGAAUCUGUUGGUGCAGAGAUCGAGCAAGAGAAGAUAGAUCUGUUUUUCUCUCUGAUUAAAGAUCACGAUGUGACUGAGCUGAUCGCUGUUGGACGAGAGAAGAUGGCUGCUCUUUCUUCCGGUGGUCCUGCGGUUGCGGUUGCGGCCGGAGGAGGCGGUGGCGCUGCUCCCGUGGUUGAGCCUGCGGCGGCUGAAGCUAAGAAGGAGGAGGAGAAGGAGGAGUCCGAAGACGACGGUGCAAUGAUGAGUCUCUUCGACUGAUCAUAUGGUAGAAGAUUUCGAUCUUCGUAUUAUCUUCUCGUUUUUAAUUGUUAUAUCUUCUUUCUUAAUAACUUAGGGUUUCUGGAUUUGUGUCGGUAAUUCUAGAGAUUUUGCAAGUGUUAAAGACUUGAUUUUGGUGAGAAUAAUAUUUGUUCUCUAGAACAUUUAUGCGUUUUAUCGUGAAUGACA